UGCUGUUGUAAGUACAUAUUAAUAUGUGUCACAAAAACUAAUUAUUAUUUUAACAGAAUAUCGGCGCCCGCGAAUUCGACCUUAAUAUUGGUGGGCUAAUAAAUUUCACAAAACUCGUCACUUUCCCACUAAUCAGUACUAAUAUGAUGUACCAUGAUGAAGUUGAACUAACAAAAAAUAUAAAAGUUUCUCUUAUUAAAGAAAUAGAUGGAUUUAAAGUGGGAAUUGUUGGUUAUCUCCUUCCUGAAAACGUUAUUUGGAAGGAAAAAGGUACUGUGGAGAUUCUCGACAUCGUUGAGUCACUGAACAAAGAGUGCCAUCGGCUAAAAUUCAAAGAAAAAGUGAAUGUGAUUAUCGCUUUGUCUCAUGGAAGUUUUGACGCUGACAGAUUAAUCGCUCAUUCGCUUAAAUAUGUCAAUGUGAUUGUUGGUAGUGGUUCAACUACGUUUUUGUACAACGGCGACCCUCCGGAUAUAGAAACUCCAGUUGAUACAUACCCGUCAAAAGUCAUAAAAAGAAAUGGUGAUUUAGUAUUAAUUGCCCAUGCUUAUGAAUAUCUAAAAUACAUGGGAAAACUAAAUGUACAAUUUACAAACGACGGUAGAAUUAAAGGCUUUUUUGGAGCUCCAAUAUUGCUGGAUUCGAGUGUUCCGCAAGAUCCAGAAAUGUCCGAAUUGAUUGAGGGACUUAAAAAAGAAGUUUUACAUUACGAUCAGAAAGUUUUAUCCACUUGCAGCGUUUUUUUGGAAGGGGUAAAUUGUCGUUACCAAGAAUGUAAUUUCGGAAACAUGGUUAUGGACGCUAUGGUUGAAUACAGAGCGAAUCAAUAUGAAGGACCUGGAUGGACAGAUGCCGCUGUUGCAUUAAUGAACAGUGGUUCCAUAACUACAGACAUAAACAGCCCGUUAAACGAUAACAAAAUCUUUUACGACGACAUAAUGAGGGCUUUACCAUUUUCCGAAAUGCUUCAUAUCGUCGAAAUUGUAGGAUACGAUCUCUUAUUUAUCUUAGAAAUUAGUACCGCUGGUUUAGAUCCAUCGAGUAGCGUCGAAGGUCUUUUAACAUCUGGUUUAAAGAUUAUGUUUGAUUUUGAGAAUCGGUUCGGACAAAGAGUUAAAUUGGUUAAAGUUAGAUGCGCUGAAUGUGACAUCCCGGAAUAUUUCCCGUUAGAUCUAGAGAAACGUUACAAAGUGAUCAUCACCAGUUACUUAUUGAAAGGAGGCAGUGGAUUCGCGAUUAUACGCGAUGUUGUGUGGAACCCGAUUUCGGUUGAAGCAAGAGAUAACGAGGUUACGAUUAAAUAUCUUGAGAAAUCCAGCUAUGUUAAUCCAGAAAUUGGUGGGAGAUUGAUACCCUACGAUAAACGCUUCGCCGAAACUAAAUCUAAUUGUUUUAGUUUUCGCUUUGGUUAUGCUUGUUAUCACUUUCUUUUAAUAUUAAUGAUUUUUAUAACGUCGUUGUUGAAAUAGACUUGAAAUUUUAAUUAAAA